UGGCAAAGCAUUACUAUAACACUGGUUGAGAAAGUGCAGAUGGUUGCUGUAAUCCUAGGAUCUCUGUUCUUAGUAGCAAGUGUGACUUGGCUUCUAUGGUCAGCCUUCAGCCCUUAUGCAGUAUGGCAAAGAAAGGACAUCCUUUUUCAAAUCUGCUAUGGAAUGUAUGGUUUUAUGGAUCUAGUAUGCAUAGGACUGAUAGUACAUGAAGGUGCAUCUGUUUAUCGAGUAUUUAAGCGCUGGAGGGCUGUGAAUCUACACUGGGAUGUGUUAAAUUACGAUAAAGCCACAGACAUAGAAGAGAGCAAUCGAGGAGAACCCUCAGGGAUGACUGCAUUUAGAAACAGAAGUUUAGUUCAUCCGACACAGUUAACCUCACCAAGAUUUCAGUGUGGCUAUGUAUUGUUACAUCUGUUCAACCGCAUGAGACCUCAGGAAGAUCCGUCAGAAGAUAACGGCUCUGGGGAAGUAGUGAUGAGAGUGACCUCAGUGUAAACAUGAUGCUCACUGUGCUACCCAGAUAAGGAUGAUGUGCC